CAUGUACUGCACUUUUCAAUAUGUCUGCGCCCAUUAAUGUUUUGUUAUUGCAUGCUAAAUUCCGACAAUUGUUAAUUAAAAAUUUAUUCCAGCGACGUUUCUCUUCUGUUGAUUCUCAAUUAGUGCUUGUUACCAAAAAGUAUCCCUUAUAUCUUGUUGGUAUCAAUCGACCAGAGAAAAGAAAUUGUGUGAAUCAUGAAACCGCUUCGCAACUGAGGAAGGCAUUUGAAAAUUUUGCUGAAGAUUCUGAGGCACGAGCUGCGGUUUUAUAUGGAGUGGGUGGAACAUUUUGUGCUGGCUAUGAUUUGCAAGAAGUAUCAACUGGAAAUGUUAAACUGUCUGCAGAUGUUGGCCCAAUGGGUCCAACUAGAAUGUUCCUUCAGAAGCCUGUGGUUGCUGCAAUUGAUGGCCAUGCUGUUGCAGGUGGACUUGAGCUUGCUUUGUGGAGUGACUUAAGAGUUAUGGAAGAAACAGCUGUGUUAGGAGUUUUCUGUAGAAGAUUUGGUGUGCCUUUAAUUGAUGGUGGUACUGUAAGGUUGCCAAAAAUGAUUGGUUUAGCAAGAGCUCUAGAUUUGAUAUUAACAGGAAGAGGUGUGAAUGGAAGAGAAGCUUAUGAAAUGGGCCUUGUUACAAAAUUAUGUAAGAAAGGAGAAGCUUUCCAACAAGCCAUUGAUCUAGCUGAGAGUCUUUGUGUCUUACCACAAGAAAGUUUGCGAGUUGAUAGAUCAUCCACAUAUAAAGCUAUUUUUGAUGCUAAAAACCUUGAAGAAGCUCUUAAAUCAGAAAGCAGAUGUGCUAUCCCUGUAAUGAAAGAAGCAAUCAAAGGAGCUGAAAAAUUCAUGAAAGGCCAAGGCAGACAUGGAAGUAAAGUAGAAGAAAGUAAAUCUUGAACACAUAUAAAAUUAUCAUGGAGCAAUAAGUAUAUUUUGUUAAUUGUGUACUUUAUACAUAUAUAAUUUGAUUUUAUAUGUUACUGUUCUACACUCUAUUGAUUACAUUCUUAUUAUUGUUUUAUUCUGAAUGAAAUGAACUGUUACUUAUGAUAAAUAUUUAUUUAUUCUUUACUUUGUUGUUGAUAAGCUCAAAUCUACUUAAAGAUAAAAAAUAUAAUCAUUCGUUUAUUAAACUGAAUUGGAAAAAAUCAUUUAUCAUUUGUUGGCUUUUUUUUACAUGCAACCUUUGCACUUCGAGUGAUGUUAUGCUGUUCAGAAAUUAUCUUUAUAAACUGUUUUUUGCAUUUUAUAUACAUAUAUAUAUUUGAAACCUAUGUACAGUAAUUACCCUACCUGUAUUCUUUUUAACUCAUUCCAGCAGGAUGGUCAGAAAAAAGAGAUACCAGUUAUAAAACAAUAAAACUGAAAAAAUUAUUUAAUAGAAGUAUCUUCCUUCCUUUCAGAACUAUAAAUGGCAGUUUAAUGAAAUUAAUUUUAUAUUUAAAACACCCAUAUAUUUUUUAUUUGAAUAUGAGAUUUUAUUUUAACUUCUUGAAGAUUAUAAUUUUUACAAAAUUACUUUAUCUUAUUUCUUUAAUAUCCUUGUGGUAUUAAAGUAUACUUUUAAAUAAGAUUUAAAUUAAACUCUGAACUAAUCAAAAAGUUGUUUCAGCACCAUUUCAUUCUGCACAUGAAAAGUGUACGUAUGAGCAGAAAGUACAUUCAUUGUAAAAAAUAUGCAAGAUCCCAUUAUGUGUGAAGCAAACAUUGGUACCUGUUUAGAGCGGUUUCAAUCAAAAUAAUGAAUCUUAUAUUCUUAAUAAAAUUUAAAUAUGAUCAAUAGUAACUUUUUAGUAAAAUAAUUUAGUUUUCGCUUUUAGUCAGUAUUUGUAUUAAAUUAUAAAUAUUUAUUAUAAUUUUUGUAAAAAAAAUAAUAUACAAAUUAUGCAUUAAAAUUUUUAUGAGCCUGAGACUUUCAUAAUUAUUAUUACUAUCAUAAGAAAUUUAUUUAAUCGUGUCUGAAAACUUUGUUACUAAUCGGUUGCUCUAGACAGGUGUUAUCUCCAAAUGAGGACCCGAGUUACAGGAGUUAAUUAAAGAAAUUGUUUAAACUUUCAACUAAUCUUUUUAAUUGCAUUUUUUUUCAUAUUUCAAAAAUUUUAAUAACUCAUGCUGGAAAAGGUUAACUAUUUACCCUUUGUUACCUUUCGUAUUGAAAAUUUUGUGAAUAUACUCUAUUUUUUUAAAUAAAAGUAUCUAUUUUCAUCUGAAGUUGUAGAUUUUCAUAUGUGUCUUUUUGUAAUUUAAAAACUUUUAGUGCCUUGAAGUAAAGUGAUUCUUUUAUUAUUUUUCCAAUUUUCACUGCCUAAAAACUGAAAAAUUUACAUCAUAAUUGAAGCAGCAGUCUUGGAGCACUUUUUAUUGAAAUUUCAAUGUUAGAAGCAUUAAAUAUAAUAUUAAUAUUUUAUUUUACCCCAAUCGAACUUCUUCAGCAACUUAGAAAUAACAGUUUUAUCAAGAUGAACUUUAACAUUUCUAUUCAUAAAAAUGUUCAUAUACUUUUAACAUCACUGUCUUUAAUCAAUGU